AUGGCGGUCAUGGUGGCCAUGGCGGAGAGCAACCUGAGAGCUGAUCGGAUUUCGCAGGAGUUGGGGACUGGCGGUGUUGGCUAUGGCGUCACCUUGCCGUUUGAGGCUGGUGGCUUCCCUCUAUUGCUGCAUGAUCCGCGGUUUCACGUGCAGGCCUGCAACCUGAUGGAGCUGCUUUCUCCAGAAGAUCUGGAGUGCGUGAAGCUGAGCUUGGACAUGGUUGAUGUCAUCAUGGCCGAUGCACAGGUCACGAGUGCAGCUGAAUGCAACCUCAUGUAUGCUGGCAUACUAUCUCGUGGCAUUGUGGUGGCGGAUUUGUUCUUUUAUUGGAGUGAAGCCAAGCGCCGAGCAAAGAACUCGAAAAAUGCCAAGCAAGGUGAUGAAUCCGAGCUCGCUGGGGCUGCCGGGGUUGGUGCUGCGUGUGCCACUCUGGGCAUUUGGGCACUAACGUUCCAGGAGAUUCGUCUUGGACUCGGCAUGCUCAAGAAAGGAGGCACGUUCUUUUUCCGCUUUGGCUGGCGUGGACGCGGUGAUCAGGAAGAGUACUGGUACCGUGAGGCAAUCAUGCGUCUUCUUGGACUUGUGAUUGCAUUCUUUGAUGAGGUUUUUCCGUUUAAAUCGGAGAUCUACCACCAGGCCGAUCCAUGCUUCUAUGUCGUUGCAGCUGGCUUUCAAAGAUCAGGUUACGAGUCUGCAGCCCUCGAUACCAGGUCCGUGCACACACGUUUUCUACAAGGGUGCAUCGAAACUCUGGCAGAGUUCUCCACACCAGCGAGUCAACAGCGCAUUGACGAGCUCCUGGACACCGUCAGCCGCGUCCGUGCUAUAGGCCUCUCCAGCCGAAGCACAGUGGAGGCUGGCGGUAGGGAGAGCCCGGAGGCACAGCUCAUCAUACGACCAGUACCCUACCACUUGACCAUGCAGCGCUUGCGCGAGCGCAUGGAAUGCUAUGGCAAGAUCGCUUAUAUACGGCGGCGAUCCCAUGCAGUUGGCGUGGGUGCUGAUGCAUUGAUCCAAUUUGUCCAGCCGGCACAUGCCAAAAUGGCCCUGGAGGUGGGCACAUCUUGUAAAUUGGGAUUCAUCUCUGACUUUUGGAUCACAAGUUGGUCGCCAACUCAUGACAGGCUGUCAAUGAAAUGCAGGUCCUGGGUGCGGUUGUGGCGAGGUCAUGCCACUGCAGGUACGCAUGAUCUAUAA